AUGUCUGAUACUGAAGAAAUUUUGAAAAGAAAAUUAAACGUCCAAGAAUUAAAACAACCUACUCCUCCUCAAAGAAAGAAACCUGGUCGAAAACCAAAUCCUGCUUCACCAGCAUUACGAAAAGCUCAGAAUCGUGCCGCUCAACGUGCUUUCAGAGAACGAAAAGAACGUCAUCUAAAAGAUCUCGAAAAUACUAUUAAAUCCUUGAGGGAAAGUCAAUAUCAAUCCGCUGUUAAAACUUAUCGUGAAAGUCAACAAUUACGUUCAUUAGUUGAACGACUUCGAAAUGAAAAUCUUUAUUGGAAACAAGUAUCAGUUAACUUUGAAGUACUUUUAAAUAAUUUAUAUGGUGGUACUGAUGCUACUUCAAAGAUUAAAGAUACUGUAUUAUCACGUAUUCAAUUUAGUUCACCUUCCUUAAAUCCUUCAUCAAAUCCUUUAUUAAAUAAUCAAAUGCCUAUUGAAAUGAGUAGAAAUUUACAAUCAUUUCAAUUAAUUAAUAAUAAUGUAUGCAGUUUUUUAUCACCACCAAACAGUACUAUCUCUUUAUCACCAGAAUCUUCAGUAACGAAAAGUCCUCCUACUUCACCUGGUUUGGAUUUGAAUGAUAAUAAUUUGGAUUCAUCUACUAUACCGGCAAAUAUUUCAGAAAAUUUUGAUGGUUCGGAACUUUCAAAACCUUUUAUUCUACCAAAGUCUAAUAAUGAAAUAUUGAUAAAUAAUGACUUAUCUACACCUACUUCUGAUCUUAUUGUUCAGAAUUCUGAAUUGAUUUCAGAUUGUAUAAUCGAUGACAAUUAUGGUAUAUUCACCUCUAACGUUGAUGGAUCAAGAGACAUUUAUCCAAAUUCAAUUACAAAUUUUAAUAAUAGUAUCGUUCUUACAAAAUCAGAAAUAUCAAGUGAUUUAUUUAAAGAACUUGAUCAAUGUGUUCGAUUAGCUAAAUUAGUUGGAAUAACAGAUUUUUAUAAUACACCUGUUAAUCCAAAAUUAAAAUAUCCUCUUACAGAAGCACAAUUAUCUUAUUUGGAAUUACCUCAUGAUAGAAGAAUUGAUUUAAUUCCUUGUCUUCAUUUACGUUCAAGAAUGAUUCAAUAUCAAAAUAAUUUUGAUCUUUAUGAUUUAAUUGAAUUAUUAAUUACAAAAUCAAUUUGUCAUGGUGAUCCUCUUGACCCUGAUUCAUGGCAAUUACCAGAAGAAUUCUUUUCAAAUUAUAAAUAUUUGGUAUUUCAACAUUGUAGACUUAAGAGUACUUUAUAUCAAAUGCAUGGUCAAUUACCUCAAAAUUUUGCAGAUACUUAUGAAACAAUGUUAACACGGAAA